UCUAUUUCACUUUUAUUUCGUGAUAAAAAAUGUCUCGCCUUGAUUUGGCGAAAGUUUUACAUUAGAUACGGCGCCAAGCCGGCGAUGCUUUUACGAAACGAGAUCCAAACUUGUUCUUUUGAUGGCUAGCAUCAGCAUCUGCGAACUAGUAUCUGAUAUCCAGUCUCUCAGUUACAGCGGCAAAUUUUCUACCACCUUUCAUUUUUCGAAAGUGAGAAAGAAAAGAAUUUUGCGCACGUCGAGAGGAGUGCAAUCAUCUCUCUGAAAAUCGAGCGAUUGUUUUCCUUGAUCUUGGAAGCAAUUUGAGACCUAAGUAUUGUUUGAAAUCUAGAGACGACAUCUUAAAUUUUUAGAGUAAAUAGUAUGAAUGGAAUCUGCAAAAGCUAUGAAUGGAGUAUGCCUAAUAAUUAGUUCCCUACUGAACAGGCAAAUCUAUGGACUAAUUUGUCGGUUUAACCAGCAGUUUUAUCUUUGAAAGACAAAUUGAAAGAGAGAAAAAAUAUAUGUAUGUUUACAUUGACUGGUUUAUUCUAAAUUCAUCAAAAAGACAUGACUACACUUCUUAAAGUCAGUUACAAAGAGUUUGGUUAGCUAUCAAAUUAUUUCUUGUUUACUUAAUUUGAUUUGUGAUAGUAAAAGUUUCUAUUAAAAUAACUGGUACUUCAUUUCAAAAUCUGAACCUUACUCGUUUCCGAUUUAAGUUAAAGUAAUUAUUCAGUGACAGAAUUCAGCAAAACUGUUUAAUGUGAGAUAAAUUUGACAACUGCAUAGCAUCUGAACAUAUGAAUAGUAUUUUAAUAUGCAAGAUGUUCCUUUGAAAUGGAUUUCCUACUAUCGAAUUCAUCGUUCAAAAUAUAUUAUAGGCUAUUUUGUAGAAAAUUUUUAAAAACACACCACAUCAUCCGUUUUUUUAAGUAAUUGGAAAUUUGGGCAUUAAAUCUAAAUGGCUGCUGUGUAUAGUUCUGCAACAUACGGCAAACUGAUCACCGUACACAGAAGAAUGAUCAUCUCCGUUGGAGGUUUCAGCGCAUCAGUACAUACUAAAACAUUCAUUCCAUAGCUUCCAUCACUAUGGCCAAAAUCCGAUGGACUAUUGGAUUAUACCUCACAAUCAUUAUGUUUUUGUGUGGUGCUCAGGGCAGUUCAAAUGGUCGUAGGGAGGACCAUAUCGAAGAUUCUGUACGGAGAUUGCUUGGUGUAAAAUCCAGUGUCGAGAGGAACAUUCCGAGGAAAAUUCCAUCUCUUCCUCCAAGAUAUGCGAUGGAUUUAUACGAAAGGUACAGAUCGGGUCAUACGCCUAUGCAAGGCAAUACAGUUCGUAGCAUACUUCCUAUGACAGAUUCAAUAGGCGAUGCUGACAUGCUAAUAUUCAACUUAACCGGCAUAAAUACUAGUGAGCAAAUUCUACAGAGCAAACUAUACCUCUUGAAAAGACGAAAGCCGAAACCAGGGAAGAAAAGAGAAAUAACGAAUUUCAGAAUAAAGAUCGGUAUUCUUCCGAACAUGACAUUUCAUCGAUACAUUAACUUGUCUUUAUCCCGCCAGAGAUCUGAGUGGCAUUCGUAUGAUAUCACUGAAUCAGUAGUGCAAUGUAGACAGUCCAAAAAAUUCCACGAUCAUCUCUUAGGACUGACCUUGGAAGGGAAACGUUCUAAAGGAGGUUACAGAUUAUUAUCAUUUAGACGUCUUAUCAAACUUAAUUCUCAACCAUUCGUCCUCAUAUUUUCAGAAGACAACAGAAACAAUCAAAGUUCAUCGAAAAAAGAAGCAGUGAGCUCUGAUCUUGAGAUAGGUGAACUUCUGAGGAUGAAGGUUGAUCAAGAAACUUUCUUUCCAACUUCACUUUCUGAAAGCUCUUCAUUGAUUGAAGAAUUUAAAAUCAGGAGGAAGCGUUCAACCAAUAGCGAAUAUUCAUUGCUUCAGCACAUAUCACCUCCAGAGGUAUCAUAUAAAAAGAACCAUUUUCUCACUCAUCCUCAAAAACAGACUGAGAAAAUAAACCUCCUCAAAAGAACUCUGUCUAGAGUACUAAAUGCAUCCAGUGUAAAUACUUUAAAGAAUUUUGUCGCGUCUAUGUAUGGUCAAAUUCCUCAGGAAAUAGUUAAAAGAUUAAAUUAUUCAGGUAAUGAUGUUGCAAAACUACAGUCAAAUGCAGUGGAAUUUGUCAAAAUAUCUAGACUGAUUAAUGGACAGUUAAGGUACAUACUGAACAUGUUAAGUGAUGACAGUGAUAUUUAUUCAGGUGUUUCAUCUGCUGCAAAUAAUUUAACAGACUUACACCAACUACGAAACAAACGUAGUAUUUCGAGUAAAUUGCAUUAUUCCACAGAGUCUAAAGAAUCCAGUGUACCAAAUGCAACAAUCAAUACCAUUUUAGUGGAGGAUGACCAACAUUUAACAAAAUCAGAUUCAAGUACAGAGAAAAGACCUCGUCGACGAAAUCGGAAAAGACCGUUGAAUAGGCCACCUAGAAAGCAUAAGAAAAAGAGAAGACGAAACAGGAAACUACCAUUUUGGUGGACGAGGCAUGACAAUAGGUUGCACGCGCAAGACUAUGGGAAGAUGUGCCAAAGGAAAACUUUAGUCGUAGAUUUUGCUCAAAUGGGAUGGGACGACUGGAUAUUAUCGCCCAAGUCAUUCAAUGCUUAUUACUGUACUGGAGGAUGUUCUUUCCCUUUAAUUAAGGAGGCAAAAACUUCAAAUCAUGCAACAAUCCAAAAGCAUAUUUAA